AUGUCACUGCCACCUCCCGACGUGAUAGCGGCCAUCACGCGCAAGAAGGCGCGCUACGGCCGGUACGCCGACACGAAGCAGUGGCACAAGUACGAGGGCGACGUGUCGCUCCCGAGCACCCGGUACCGGUUCCUGGACGUCAGCGGGGCGCCGCUCCGGGUCGGCGGGUUCGGCGCGCUGGUCUUCGACUCCACCCGGACCUUCACUGCCUUCUUCACUCGCUUCUUCGCCAACCUGCAGACGCUGCAUAACAUUGGGCCAGGCGACUUUGAGCAGGUUCGCGCCGACGAGGUCAAGGUCGUCUGGGGCUUCGAGGACCAGCUGUUGGUGCCGCCGCUGGGCGCCCUGGCCGAGAUCCGCGGCGGCGGGUUCUACUACGAAACGUGGAGACUGACCGGCGGGGACUGGUUUCUGCACGACUUGGAGAUGAAGCGGACGUACCAGAAGGAGACACUCCUGGUGAAGUUUGCACUUUCGCUGCAAAACUUGUUAGGAAUAUCAUUCUUUUAG